AUGCUUCGACUGUUUGGACAACGUGGAGUCCGUGUGGCUACUCGCCGCAUUGCACAACAACCCGAACAAAAACAGAAGGCUUCCGAGUCUGAAGCUAAACAUCAGUCGGUUCCUAGUGGCAAUGAUCGUUUGUGGAAUCAUGUCGAUAAAUUGGACGAUCGUGUCUCUGCCCUGACAAUGGACCUUGGAAAUUUCAAAGGGGAUGUCAGUAAAUCUAUCGGAGAACUUGCUUCGAGGACGGAACAGGGUUUCGGGAGCAUAGAAACGAUCACCGAGAAGAACCAGGGGGAACUUAAAGCCGAUAUAAAGCCGCUUGUUUGGCAAGUCCGUAUCCUACUUGGAGGGGCGUCACUAGUAUGUUAUGGUGUUUCUCGUUAA